UCAGUCCUACUGUUUUGUAAAAUAUUGUCUUUAUUAAUAUAAUAAACUACUUUAUUUUACUAAUUAAAUACAAAGCAAAGAAUAGUUAAAAAUAGAACAAUAAUAUAUAUUUUUUAAUUUUACCAAGAAACAUGAAUAUUUAGUUAGUCCUGUAAUAAUUAUUCGCGACUUCGAAUGUUUACCCUCCUCACUCGUGUUACCUAAUCAUACUCACUGAUGAAUCAAUUGAUGCUAUAAGAGCUGUAGGAAACAGACGAGAUAACGAGUAAAAGGCGAUUUGUAAGUUGCAAUAUUUUCUGUGGAAAUGACUGCGCGGGAAAAAGAUUUCUUCCGGGAGACAUGGGCAAGAUAUUUGGGCUAUGCAAACGAAGUAGGAGAGUCAUUCCGCGCGGUGGUUCCAGUGGGGGUGGUGCGGGCCAGCUACGCCGUCGCAUUUGCCUACGUCCUUGCUGACACUGCUGAUAAGAGUUGGAAAAUGUAUCAGACAGGUGCACGACCCAGCAGAGUCUUACAUGAGACGGGCGAUGCACUUAUCUGGCAGACACUAGCUUCUGUUGUAGUACCAGGACUUGUUAUAAACAGGAUAUGUGCCUUCUCCCAGAAGCAGUUAAAGACCAGGUAUGGUCACAUACCCAGGACACCUAGGAACCUAGCUACGGUCGCCAUAGGGUUAGUGUCCAUUCCAUUCAUCAUACAUCCCAUAGACAAUAGUGUUACCCUUCUCAUGAAUCUCACCUACCGCAAAUUGGUGGACUAAUUUUUUUACUCUAGCAACAAUUUUCGCCAAAGAUAAAAGCCAUGUUUUGAAAGUUAUUCUUGUUACUUUUAUAUGAAAAUGAAUAAUAUGAUAUAUGUAUAAAAUGCAGAUAUUACCUAUAUUUAAGGUACUAGGUAAAGAGUUAGGAUAGUCAAAUAUAAAAAAAUAUUAAACGACGUCAAAUACACAGAUAUUCAACUUCUCUGUAUAUAUUAUAAUAUACAACUUUACAUUGCUAUGUAUUUAGUAAAAGAAUAGAAAAAAAUAUUAUUUACAUAGUGGAGAAAUGAGUUAAAUGCCUAAAAGCUAUGUAGAAUUUAGAUACUAGUUGUAAUAAAAUUAGGUGAUGCGAAAUUAUUUUUGUGAAUUUAGCGCACGCCGCACUGUCGUGCCAUUUUUUUUUCUUAUGACGAAAAUUAGUAAAAUUAUGCGCUUUUCGGGUACCAACAGUAUCUAGCUUAGCUAUAGGCAAAGGCCUUUCUCAGCUCUAAGCUAAAGUGAUUGGAAUAAUACCUACUAGGUAUUUGUAGUGAUAAUUAGAAAUCUGAACUUGAAAGAAAGUUAGUAGUGGUCAAUUUAGCUGAUAGUUAUGAAAUUAGCUUGAUGUGAAUCUAUUAGGAAAUUUAAGUAACCUAAAAUGUAUUAUUUAAAUAAAAAAAAUAUCCCCGGAUUUAAAUUGAAUAACUGACAAUAUUGCUGUAAAAUCUGAAACCUUUUGUUAAAGGAGAUAUGUUUUGUGUUUUUUUUUUUAUAUAUUUUUAAAUAUAAAGACAUUAUGUAGUAUAUUUAUUAAAUAAUAAAUUGCAGCCGAGGUGGCUUACUCCUAGUAUAGUAAGCGAUGUGGCAACUCUGUGAUCAUUUGAAAUUAUAAAAUGUUUACAUUCCUAUGGAACGAAUUAGGUAUACAAUACCUUGCUUUAAAAAAAAAACCUUAAAAGAUGUGAUAAAUAAAACAUACUUUAAAAGGUGUGUUCUUACUUAUUAAUAUCCAACUGAACGCACAGUUUUGGUACGCUAUUUUUCUUUAGGUAAAUUGACUAGAGCACUAUUAAGUAUACCUAACAUUUAAAACACAACGCCUUUAUAUUGAGUGUAGGUAUUUAAAGCAAGAACAUAAAUAAUUAUAUUUAUUCAACUAGAUAGUAUUCUAUUCUCAAUCCAAAAUAAAUAAGUACCUAACCUUGUAAGGUUCCAUAUUAAUUGUAGAAUAGGAUAAUCAGGUCAUAAUGUGUUUUGACCUCGAUCCUAUAAUUAUUUAAUCCAUCAUUAAUCAGGGCGAGCGAAGU